AUGGGCUGGUGGCCGUUUUCAGGCUCAGGCGCAGAUGGCGCAUCCAAACAACAACCAGCGACUAUAUCGACAUCAUCGCCCGUUCAAAAGCCCAGCGAUGCACCCACGCCAGCCACCCGACAGCCGUCGACACAAGCACCCCACGACCCUGAUUUUUAUACCGCCCACCCACACCUCGCGCCGCCCUCGUUCUCGUCGAAUACCGUCCCCUCGUCCACCAAUGCCGACCACACGACGCAACCGUCCACAUCGGAUGAGCUCGAUCCCACACUCCCCCGCAGCAUGUCCUGCCGCGCCGCCUUUGACAGCGCCUUCUACUGCUCCUCGCUGGGCGGCCACUUCAACGACGUAUACCGCUAUGGCCAACUGCGAAGUUGCUCAGAUCACUGGAAUGACUUUUGGUUCUGCAUGCGUACCAAGAACAGUAGGAGUAGCCAGGACGUCAAGGAGCGCAUAGUGCAGGAUCGGUACCGCGAAAAGGAGAGAGUUUUGAAGAGUGGGCCGAAUAGUGAGGAUAUCUGGCGCAAGAGGGAGCCUGGAGAAGAAGCAGGUUAA